CGCCUUGACAGAGACUUAACAGAUGCUCUCUUUGUUUUCAGAAAUGUUUGAUAAGCAGCAGGCCAAUACCAUCUUCUGGAGCCCCCAGGGACAGUUCGUCGUGUUGGCUGGUCUGAGGAGUAUGAACGGCGCCUUGGCUUUCGUUGACACCUCGGACUGUACGGUCAUGAACAUUGCAGAGCACUACAUGGCCUCCGACGUGGAGUGGGACCCCACUGGGCGCUAUGUUGUCACCUCUGUGUCCUGGUGGAGCCACAAGGUGGACAACGCGUACUGGCUGUGGACUUUCCAAGGUCGCCUUCUGCAGAAGAACAACAAGGACCGCUUCUGUCAGCUGCUGUGGAGACCGCGGCCUCCCACGCUCCUGAGCCAGGAUCAGAUCAAGCAAAUUAAAAAGGAUCUGAAGAAAUACUCUAAGAUCUUUGAGCAGAAGGAUCGUCUGAGCCAAUCCAAAGCCUCAAAGGAACUGGUGGAGAGAAGACGCACCAUGAUGGAAGAUUUCCGAAAAUACCGAAAAAUGGCCCAAGAACUCUACAUGGAGCAGAAGAGUGAACGUCUGGAAUUGCGAGGAGGUGUGGACACCGAUGAGCUGGACAGCAAUGUGGAGGACUGGGAGGAGGAGACCAUCGAGUUCUUUGUCACCGAGGAGAUCAUCCCCUUGGGAAAUCAGGAGUGAUCCGAGCACUGUGCGUCCCUGCGUCAUGUGCUGGAACCAGGCCGUCCUUCUGCAGGAAGCCUGCACGAUGCCUGAAUUCUCAUCUGUGCUUUCUCUGGCUCUAGACUGCAUCUGGAUUCCCCCAUCUCCACACGUUACUGUGCCUUUGACCCCUGGUCUCCACCGCGGGGGAGGAGUGAAGGCACUACUUUCAGUUUUUUCUUGUUUGGGGUUUUUAAAAUCACGCCACCAGUGUUCACACUUGUGCACCGCCGCGGUGGCCCCUCACGCCCUCCUGAGGGACCCAGCCUAGCAGUCUCUCCUCAAGGACUCGUCCUGCCCCGUGCAUGGGCCUGCGUGGCGGUGUCCCAGGUGCCACAGGGAAGCCGCACACCGCGGUGUCCUGGUGCCGUUCACAUUGUGCCGGCUUCUCCCAAUGGGCUGAGCGUGGAAAUAAAAGCAAACCUGUAUGAAAA